UUUAGGGCUGGCUACCUUAUUGGUGGGCACUGCGACACACUGUUUGGAAAGUCUGCCUCCACAUGAGUCCUGUGUCCCUGCUCUGUGGAGAGAUGCGUCCUGAGAGGGCUACCGUGUGGUACAAGCGGAUGUCUUUCGUGUACGCAAUUGGCGCCUGGUCGGUGCUGGGCUCGGCGAUUUUCUUUACACGGAACCAGAAGGCGUCAGGUGAUGGAGUAGAGCAAAAAGAUGGCUCAAGGAAUGAAACACCUGUUUUGACAAGUGAAGCCUCUGACUUAGAAAGGGAAAUAAAUGAACCCAUUGAAGGGUCUUAUGUGGAAAGAUUUGUACAGUAUUCAGAAGAAUCUGUUCCGGUUACUCAAAGGAUCCUGGAUUAUUUGAAGUCAUGGACUGGUGGGCCUGGGCCAGAAUCAUGAUCAGCUGCUGAAUUCAGAAAACAAGGACUUGACUCAGUGUUUGAUAGAUGCCUUGAUUUCCAUUUCACAUUUGUGGAAAGAAUGUAUUUAAUUUGAUUUUGUAAAAUAUAAUCAUUAAUAAUGUGCAACAAAGGAGUUCUUGGAGGAACUGAAUACAUAAUUCAAGAGGUAGUUUUCUGUGUUUAUAUGGCUGGAAGGUUGAUAUAUACCAUUAAAUUUUUAAAAUUACAUUUA